AUGAUUGUCGAGCGCGCUCUUCCGCAAUGUAUAAUCAUAGAUUCGAGCGGCAAGAGGUUCAUGAACGAGGCCCAGUCCUACACUGAUGCUGGUCAAGCGAUGUACAAGCGUAAUCGCGAAGUGAGUGCGAUACCGGCAUGGAUUGUUCUAGACACGAAUCAUCGGCGAAAAUAUCCCUUGGCUUCGAUGAUUCCCGGCUACACACCGCGAUCCGCCAUUGAUUCUGGAUUUGUGUUUAGAGGAAAGACUUUGAACAAUUUGGCCAAACAGAUCGGUAUCGACGCUGAUUCCCUCACUAAGACUGUGGAACGAUUCAACACCAUGGCUCGGCGCGGAAAGGAUGACGACUUUGGUCGCGGUGAAAACAAGUAUGACCGCUUCUUCGCGGAUGAUGGCAUCGAACCUAACAGUGACCUUACACCCAUUGAGAGAGCUCCUUUCUACGCUGUCAAAGUCUGGCCUGGAGACCUGGGGACGAAGGGUGGUUUACUGACAAACGAGAACGCGUGUGUGAUUGAUACCAAUGGGAAACCUAUAGAGGAACUCUACGCUGCUGGGAAUACGAGUGCAUAA